AUCAGGGCAAUUCCCAGAGUCCUUUGAUUUGAUGGUAUUAUAUUUCUCGCGCCUUCGCUGCUAAUCUUCUUUCAUUCUCCUUCCUCAGUUGCUCUUCACUCACUCAAUCGAAUUCUAGGGUUAGGGUUUCGCCAAAAAACCGAAAGUCACAAAUGGAAAGGCAGAGAGGAGACCGAUUCAAUGGGCAGCAAGAGUCCCAACACCAAAACCAGCAACUCUCCGAUCACCAUAGCCACCAUGAACAACAGCAGCAGCAGCAUCAUUUCAACAAUUCCAACUACCAGGUCCAGGACCAGCAGCACCUUAACAACCCUAACUACCAUUCAAACUACCACCACCAUGACCAACACUUCAACAAUUCCAACUAUCAACAACAUCCCCCCCACCAUCACAAUCACCAUCAACACGUGAACUUUGAGCCAAACGAUUCGUCGUCGUUUGGCUCUGGAGGUUUCCCUCCCAAUAGUGGUGCCGGUGGAUAUGGUUCUGGUUCUGGUUCUGGUUCCGGUUCCGGUUCCGCCUAUUCUGUACGCAAAAGAGGCCGGCAUCGAGGAGAUACUCCAGAUAGCGUGGACGGUUUUGGUAAUGUAAAACUUUAUGUUGUACCGGUUUCCAGAACAGCAACGGAAGGAGACAUCCGACCUGUCUUUGAAGAACAUGGAAAUGUAGUUGAAGUUGUUAUAUUGAAAGAUAAGAGAACUGGCCAACAACAAGGAAGUUGUUUUGUGAAAUAUGCAACGGUAGAUGAAGCUGAAAGAGCUAUUAGAUCUUUAAACAAUCAAUACACUUUUCCUGGGGAACAUGCUCCCCUCACAGUCAAAUAUGCAGAUAGGGAACGGGAGCGUCUUGGCGUGGUGGACAAAUUGUAUGUUGGUUGCCUGAACAAAGAUGCUUCAAAAAUGGAAGUUGAGGAGAUAUUUUCCGCCUAUGGUCCCAUUGAAGAUGUCUAUAUUGUACGCGAUGAGCUGAAGCAAAGUCGUGGAUGCGGAUUUGUUAAAUUUUCCCAUUGGGAAAUGGCACUGGCGGCAAUCAAAGCAUUAAAUGGAACGUUCAAGAUGAGGGGUUGUGACCAGCCAUUAAUUGUUCGUUUUGCGGAUCCUAAGAAACCUAAGAUUGGAGAACCAAGGGGUAAUCAUAUAUUUGCAAAUACAAAUUUUGCUCCCUGUUCACAAGAACCAUUUGCUAGGAACAUGGUAGCACCCAGUCUUGGCAAAUCUAUGGGAGGGUGUAUUUUGCCUAAUGCUUCAUAUCCUCUGCGACCAAAUUCUACAAGUUCAUUACCUCAAUCAGUUUCUCAGAUGGAAAAGCAAGAACCUUUCAUGCAACAACCAUUUCCUCCCCUACAGCAGCUGCCUUCACAGUUGGCUCAGAUGCCAUUACAACAGACACGAACUCCACAGACAAGCUCGCAAUCAUCUCAACUAGAAGGCUCUGAAGUGCAGAGGCAGUCUCAUCAAACUGGAAAAGUGGAGCAGCAGCCGAGUUCACAGUCUCCAACAGUUGCUAGUAGUUCUACCUCACCUGCUGUACCUUUAAGUCCUUAUAUAACUGCUUCUUUUGAGUGUGAUUGGAGCGAACAUACCUGUCCUGAUGGACACAAGUAUUAUUAUAAUUGUGUCACUCGUGAGAGUAGAUGGAUGAAGCCUCAGGAAUAUUCCUUACAUGAGCAUCAAUUACUGAAGCAUCAAAACCUGCAAAAUCCAAGCCAUCAGCUUCAGCCCUCUUUGCCAGUUCUUUCAAGCCAACAAGUAAUUCAGAUAGAACAGGAAUUGGAUCAUGUGCAACUGCAGUCAGAAUCUAGUCCUGUUAUUGGCCCAACUUGUGCUUAAGAGGUUGCAGAGAUGCUGAUGGUGGCUCUUCUCUGUGCAUGCAUCUUGGAAAAUUGGUAGCUAUGCAAACAAUUUCCAUGAGUGAUUAGUUACAAAAAACAUUAAUGAAUUUAAAGAGAUAAGCUAUGUUCCAACACCCCCCCCCCCCCUUUUUUUUUUCUCUUUGCGUUAUUCUUUUUUCUUUUGGGUUUUAUUUAUUUAUUUUAACUGGAGUAUAUUUCACUAAGCAUGUAUGAUUGGCUUAGGUGAAAUUAUUUAGUGUAUCCAGUGUAAUACACCCUCUCACUAUGUGGGAGGAGGGUGUAGUCCACCGUGGGUAGCAAAUAAUUUCUUAGCUUUUAGGUGGUGUUAAAUGAGGGGGUAACAGCACUGUACUAUGAAUGUAAUUCUGUAUGCAGGGGACUUCUUGUUGGACAUACGCAACUUCAUUAUUAACUUUUGGUGUUUAUGUUUGAAGUUGAUUGUGGUGGAAAAAGGGGCAUCAAACGGCAUUUUAAUUGAAAAUGAGACGCGGAGCUUAGAAAAGCUUGUAAUAUUAGGUCUAGGUAGAGGUGGUGGCCACCAAAUGUUUUAUUUUUAUUUUUUAAUAUGCAUAUCUCAGUUGAUAGGUUACCUUAAGGUAGUAAUCUUUACAAUUUAUUUCGUUUACUUUCUAAUUUAUGUAAAUUAAACAAAAUCUUUAAAUCGGAAGUUGCAUUUUUGGCGUGCUUCUGCUGGUUUUCAUGUAGAAAAUUGAGGCUGAUUUUAAGGGAAUGUAUUCAGUGUGUUUUUGGCUAA